GAGAGAGCAGCUCGACCUACAGUUCCAACAACGUGUCCAUCUCCGUUUAGCCUCAGUCGAUGUAUGCCAGGCGUUCUCUCCGCUCUGAGGUUCUUAUUCGGCAAUACUGUACAUCCAAGCGACACCAGGACAUCUCAAGUCAAGGGCCAAACCAUACGGCAUUUCUUGAACCAAAACAAGUGUAAAUCUGCUGGACCUGGUCGACUGCUCUGCGACUACGACCACUCCCAGUCAGUCCUCAGACAUCACCAUGGAGAAGUAUGAGAAGAUGGGGAAGAUCGGGGAGGGGUCCUACGGUGUGGUGUUCAAGUGCAGGAACAGGGACACGGGACAGAUCGUUGCCAUCAAGAAGUUUGUGGAGUCUGAAGAAGAUCCCGUCAUUAAGAGGAUCGCUCUGAGAGAGAUUAGGAUGCUGAAGCAACUAAAGCACUCCAACCUUGUGAACCUGAUUGAGGUGUUCAGGCGUAAACGUAAGCUACACCUGGUGUUUGAGUACUGUGAUCACACCGUCCUCAACGAGCUGGACCGAUACCCCAGAGGUGUUCCAGAACAUCUGGUAAAAAGCAUCACCUGGCAGACACUCCAGGCUGUCAACUUCUGCCAUAAACAGAACUGUAUCCACAGAGACGUGAAGCCCGAGAAUAUCCUCAUCACUAAACAGCAGGUCAUUAAGCUCUGUGACUUCGGAUUCGCCAGGAUCCUCACCGGUCCAUGUGACUACUACACAGACUAUGUGGCAACGCGAUGGUACCGGGCCCCUGAGCUGCUAGUGGGUGAUACUCAGUAUGGAGCCCCUGUUGAUGUCUGGGCGCUGGGCUGUGUCUUCUCUGAGCUGCUCUCUGGCAUCCCGCUCUGGCCCGGCAAGUCAGACAUGGAUCAGCUCUACCUUAUUAGGAAGACACUGGGAGACCUGAUCCCCCGCCACCAGCAGGUAUUCAGUAAGAACCAGUUCUUCAGUGGAGUCUGCAUCCCAGAGCCUCAGGAAAUGGAAACUCUGGAACUGAAGAACCCCAACCUGUCAUAUCAAGCACUGAGUCUGAUGAAGGGCUGCCUGCGUAUGGACCCAUCAGAGCGGCUGGCCUGUGAGCAGCUCCUGGAGCACCCGUACUUCGACAGCCAACGGGAGGAGAGCGAGAGCACCGACCGCUCCACCAAGAAGAGGUCACGCCUCCUGCCCCGUAAACACCUCCCACCUGGGAUCUGUAAGGUGGAACUUGGAAGCAAUAAGGUGGAAGCUCCAUGCAAAUUGGGACCAGCUGUCAGAGAUGGCAAAAUGCUGUACAAACAAUUGAAGUAUUUGCCUCAGCUCACCAGCAGCAGUAUCUUCCCAGCUCUGGACAACAAGAAGUACUAUACCAACCUGAGGAAAUUCAACUACCACUUCCCUAACAUUUAAACCAAACGUUUUUAGAUCUGAAUGGUCCAGUCGCACAUUCAUCAACAUUUACCGUGUUCACGGUGCUAGUUAGAACUAGGAAACUGAAAAUGUCCAACUUGCUGUAGUUUUAGACGUGUCGCGUACCAUGAAUCAACAAGUGGGACAUUUCUGAAUUUCCUAGUUCCGACUAGCAUGUGAACACGGCAAUAUUCUGGUCAGCUCAGGAACCAGGAAGUGAAUCACAGCGUGGAAGGACCAAGGAGAAGUCCUCGUGUCUUGUGAUGUCAUUCUAUGCACUUAUGUCAACUUUUUUUUCCCUUCUUUUUUUUCUACUGAAAGACAAUUUUAUUAUGUGGUGUUGCCUCCAUUGAAGGCGUAUUUUGUACAUCUAUAUAAUGACAAGGAGCAGCCGAGUGCUCAGCUGGUAGAUUGAGGUUGUCUUUCAGGCAGACUACGUUGCAUGUUGUCACGUCAACGACUGUGCCGGUCGGGCACCAGAUUGCUAUAACAUAUGUGGUUGAUCUGAUACGUAAAAUGCCUAUCCAGACAUUGUGAGAUCUGGCAUCCUUCUGUAACGUAGUCAACCUGGGAACACAGCCAGAUACUUGUGUGGAACAGAGGGAGUACCAUAGCCUACUGCCUUGACUGCUUUUGCCAAAUGUUAUUUGUUUGUGUUUAAAAAAAUAAUAAUGAGCGAGACAUUUUUCGGUAGUGAAUUGAUUUGCAUUUUGUUAAUAAUAUUGAUUGAUUUUCUCAGAAGUAGGUUUGAGUCAUUUGUAAAGAGGAGAAAUGUAACAGAAGGUGAAAGGUCAGCUCGGCUUUAUUUUAUUGGACAGAAAUUGUUUAUAAGCAAUUGUCUGAAAUGGUCAGAUUAGCCUCAACGUACCUGUGGAUUAAAUAUAGUAAGGGUUCUAUUCAGUCUAGAUCUCUGAAGCGAUGUGCACUGAACAAAAAUAAACAUGUAAAGUGUUGGUCCCAUGUUUCAUGAGCUGAAAUAAAAGAUCCCAGAAAUGUUC